UUCUUCUCUGGUGAACCUUUGCUUCAUCUGGUCGUCGUCUUCAUCUUCGUCAUCUUCUUAUUUCUUCGCUCCACGGUCCGUCCUGUCUUCCUUUCUUUUCGUGGGAAUCUUAUUUUCUCCUCCUUCUCCUCUUCUUUCUUUCUGUCCAAAUUUUUGCAGGUAGAAUCGCCGUUUCUGAAACCGCUGGCCAUGGCGUGCAUCUCCUUGCCUACCGGUCCUUAUUGUUUUAGCAGAACACCCAACAGACCAACCACCCUCAUAGUGGAACGGGCAGACGUUUGCUGUCUUUCAUGGUCUUUAUCUUUUCCGAAGCUGACUCUCUCGAUCCCCAGCACGCCUAUACGUCCUGUUCCCACUAAGAAUACCGUGGUACAAGCAGCUUGGACACGUAGAUCACGUGGUGAGGCUGCAAAAAGACCUAACAGGAAGUCUUGGAAGCAGAGAACUGAUAUGUACAUGAGGCCCUUUCUACUAGAUGUGUUCUUCUCAAAGCGUUUCAUUCAUGCUAAGGUAGUCCACAGGGGAACAAGCAAGGUAAUCUCAGUUGCAAGUACAAAUGCGAGGGACUUGAGGAACACAUUACCUUCCCUUACAGAUGCAGAUGCAUGUAGGACCAUUGGAAGAUUAAUUGCCGAACGGUCCAAAGAUGCAGAUGUGUUUGCAAUGUCAUAUGAGCCUAGAAAAGGUGAAAGAAUUGAAGGUAAACUCGGCAUCGUCCUGGAUACCAUAAAAGAAAGUGGAAUAAUUUUUGUGAAAUGAUCGUGUUAUAUUUUAGGCUUAUUUGUCUCUGACUAUACAUGUAAAACCUGUUUCAGAGGAAAAAGGAAACUUGUGCACAUGAUAAAGGUACUCAUUGUCUUGCAUUUGAUUAA